AUGACAGGAGACGUGUGGACGGAGCUGAUGGUGCACCUGAUGGUGCUGCUGUGGAGCUCAGGUGUUCACUGUGAAACAGCCAAAGUUGACCUUGUGAUGUUGGUGGAUGAGUCUGGGAGCAUCAGCAGCAAUGACUUUGAUCAAAUUAAAAUGUUUCUUGUUGCCAUCGUCAACGGCCUCAACAUUGGUCCCGAUGCAGUCCAGAUCGGUCUGACUUUGUUCAGCACCACACCAAGGACAGAGUGGCACCUGAACACCCACCAGACCAAACAAUCCCUGCUGAGGGCCAUAAAACAACUCAAACAAACUGGUGGAGACACCAACACAGGAAAAGCUCUGGAGCACAUCCUCGAUAUCCAGUUUAAACCCAGUAUGGGAAUGCGUCCAGACUCCAGAAGGAUUGCCGUCCUGAUCACAGACGGGGAAUCCCAGGAUCAAGUAUUCCUACCUUCAAAGAACCUGAAACACAAUGACAUCGAGGUCUAUGCUAUUGGUGAUUGA